GGAAACCGGACGAACGCCUUCCUUUUUGGUUCGGACCGGAAAGUCUUCACACCCUCCUUGGGUCUUCUAGAUGCUUUUCUUAUGUCGAACAACGCUAGUGACUCCGAGGCGCCUGCGAGAGACCCCAGGCUCUUAAGCUUGGCAGACAGACUGUCCGAACUUGAGCGCACUGCCGCUUCUGUGCAGCAAUGCCAGGGGUCAGUUCCAGCAUUCAAAGCUGGCACCGAGAGUGACCAAUAUAGCACAACAUCCUCUGCCAAGCAGAAGGAGGCUAUUGCCAGAGACUCGUCUAAUGCUGUCGGGCGUCCAGCCGUGUCGGAAUCAGCGACUCCCGCUGCAUUAAAUCAUCAGACCUCAGAGGCCAAAGUGUUUUUACAGCAAGAGCCCGAGUCAAACAAAGAGCUCUUUCAAGACAGGUACACCGUGCUGGAAUCGGCACACCGUCUCGUUGAUCAAAUCUCCAGUACUGCAAACCUGCCGAGAUCUGAUCGAUUUGAUCGCGCUGGGCUCGAUGUUGAGCCGUUGGCGGAGUUUCAACCCGAGCUAUGCUAUAUGUUGACUAUGGGUGAGUUGAUAUCUACUCCACAGAAGCAAAGUGGGAUCUUGGUUUCGCUCAACUACCAUACGUGGGACGGUCUCAGUCCGUCUGGCAGUGCCGAAUCUCAGAUCCACGGAGUUAUCUUCACAUGUUAUCAAUUUGAUAAGCAUCUCAGCUCACUCCUUCUGCGGCCGCCGUCCCUCCCAGAAUUAAAAUUGAAACCAGCCGAUCUAAUCCAUUUGGAUCAGCAUAUUCCACUUAGUGCCAUCAUGAAAGCCGUUGUUGAGCUCGCACAGAUCCAGGAUGUUACGCUAAGCCUUGCUUUGAAGCCAGGAUCGUCCAAUGAUACAGACCAACGCAAUACCAUCGAUGAGCUUGUCCAAACCAUGUUCAGAGUACCAGAAAGCCCUCUGACGCCUUUCUUUGUUCUAUUCUGCAACGUGGUUCAAACGUCCGACCCUGAAGAUUAUUCAUUGAUGUCUGCCAACACCGAAGCCCUUCUCCGCUUUGUGGAUACACAUCCUCCGACCGCCAAGUUGUACAAACUCUUCUCCACCUUCUUGCAUCUUUGCAGUGCCCUUAUCCGCAAUCACCAUCCAACGUGCUCGCCACAGCCUCUCUUCAGCACCUCAUCUCCCGCGAUGCCUACCGGCAUUCUAAGUACCACACAACCCGACCAGGUGGGCAUAGGGGCAGAAAUCCAUCCGCAGCAUGAUAUUUCCGUUGCCCCAACGUUCGAUCAAAUCCAAGGGGGUGGGCCAGAGGGCCCAAAUCUUGAAAAUCUAGCCACCGGGGGUGCAUGGAAUAAUGAUAUGUCUCGGGACUUGUUCUAUUCCCAGCCAUGGUUAGGAUGGAUGGAGUCAAAUAUCUAG